GGUCCUCAUCCGGGUAGCAGGAAUAAAAGGGUGGCAUUGAAGGCAGUCCUGACAAACAGAGAGCUCAAGUCACUUGGGCACUUCCUUGCUGUGGACUGCAGUAUGAGAACGUCAAUGCUCUUCGUCGGCUAUCUUCUCAUCUUCCUUGGCUUGGCUCUGCCAGGCACACAGGCAAAAGACAUCCCCCGAUGUGAAUUGGUGAAGAUCCUUCGUCGGCAUGGCUUUGAGGGCUUUGUGGGCAAAACUGUAGCUGACUGGGUCUGCCUGGUAAAACACGAGAGCGGUUACAGAACUACAGCAUUUAAUAACAAUGGUCCAAGUAGGGACUAUGGGAUCUUUCAGAUCAACAGCAAGUACUGGUGUAACGAUGGCAAGACCCGUGGAUCCAAGAAUGCCUGUAAUAUCAAUUGCUCAAAAUUACGAGAUGAUAACAUUGUGGAUGAUAUUCAGUGUGCCAAGAAGAUUGCCAGAGAGGCUAGAGGCCUCACACCCUGGGUCGCCUGGAAAAAAUAUUGCCAGGGCAAAAACCUGAGUUCCUAUGUCAGGGGUUGCUAAAUCACUCCACAAGCGGUGACUGUUUCCUCAGGAUCAUGAAUGGUGAAGAAUGUGGGUGUAUGAAGAAUGCUAGGGAACAUGGAUGGGUGCAGGGAAUUGCUUUAUGUUUAUGCAAUAAAGGGAUGCUCUAA